CGCCGUCAGCCACCACUGCGCACGACAGGUUUGUCAUCGAACGAAGAAGGGCCAUGGAUAUCCUAAGGGUUUGCGUGCAGGAGAUCGCACUGUCUGGACUGGAAGGUUGCACCAUGGCUGAGCUGUGGCAGCACCUCUCCGGCCGCCAGCCCCCUCUCUCUGUGACGAUGGACGAGCCAAUGAAGGCCUUCAUCUGGGACCAGAUGAAGGAGACGGUUCUACAGAGUGGGAGCGUGGGGGUCUACCAGUUGGCUCAGCCGCGGACACCGCCAACGAGCCUCACAGAAUCACAAAUCCUGCACGGGCUGAAUUUGACGAAAUACAAACACCCUUUCCCUUACCGUCCGAUAAACAAAGAGGACGGAGUGCGUGGUUCUUGCAGUACAUACGAAGAGAGGAAGGAAAUCACAGAGACCAUUCUGAGUGCCAGUACCGACUUGGAGAACUUUUCUGAUACAUACGGAGACACUACAGUCCUGGUGGCAAGUCAGGAGGUCAGAGAGAGAAUUCUGUUGAGGGAAGACAGUUGCACGCACCGCGACAUGUCUCUCGUCCAAUACUGCAUUCUGGAGGGGAGCAAGAGAAACUCCAUUGAGCUGAUUCAUCUCCUCAUCCUCCCCUCCUACCCUCUUCCUCCCUGGCUUCUGGAGGCCAACUAUCCAUCUCUCAUCACCAACAUGCUCCUGAGAGAGCCCAGCCACACCCUACCCACGUCCACCGUGUCCUCUGCCUUUACAUUCUGUGACAGUGGGCUUCAGAUUGACGUCCUCUGCGCCAGGCAGCUCUCCAAAGCUCUCAUCAAGAGCAAAAACAUUGUCACAAUUCUCAUCGACGAAGCCGGAGUCAAAAAAAUAAAGUCAGCAUUAGCUUCUCUGCUGGCGGAGCAGGCCAGGAGCUCAUUCUCUCAGGGUGACCUUGGAAUCAGGACGGGCUGCGCCAUGUUCACUGACACUGUGGAACGGUAUCGGGACAAGAAGAGGGUGAGGAGGAGCGAGAGCAUCGUAUCGUCGGUGGGUGGGGCAAGUGUGGGCGGAGUCUCAGAUAACGAGGCGGCAGGGGAAGGGGUCAGGGAAGAGAAAGGUGAUGGUGCAUUGGUCCCAGUUCCAUACUGUGUCCCAGGCCCGUCUGGAAUCGGACAUGGGGAUGAGACUCAGCCAAGUCCCAGUUCCAUGAUGAAAUCAUACACAAGCAAGUCGUUCAAAAAGAAAAAACAGCUCCUGACCUACAACCAGUUGAAGCGUCUCAACGUCAUCUCAAAAUAUGUAGAGGAGAAAGAAAUUGUGGUCGGUUUGAACGACAUUUUGGAGCACAUCCGCCAGUGUGAGAAGUUGGAGGGGAGAUUGCAGAUGGUCGAUCGGAAAACAACGGAAAAGUGUGUUGCAUAUCUUGUGGCCGGCAAGAAGCUUUGUCAGAAGAAUGUGAUUGUACCAGACCUUCCAAAACAUAAACUGCCCUCCGUGAUCUUUGCACCUGGAGUCAGUCCAGAGAAGCUGGAGGCAGUGGAAGAGAAGCUGAUCCUGACAGCUAGAGAGGCCAACGUCAAGAAAGAGAGCAAGCUGGAGGCGAGAGGCAGGAAAAGGAAGAGAAAAGAGGAGGCAGAUGAGGAAGAGGAGGCCGAGGGAGGCGAAGAGGAAGAAGAAGAGAGCGACGUUGGUGACGAAACUGCAGUUGUUCCGGAGAUGCCGAGAACGUCUAAGUUCCAGAGGUUGAAACGACUCCAUUUCUUCCUGUGGCUACAGGCUUACGGCGUCGGUGAGACCACACCCACUGUAGGGUCAGAGGUCAAGGCUGCUAACGGUGACGUGGAAGAUGAGGGGACAUCGACCAGCGAGGCUGUCACCAGCUCUGCUCUCCCUCCUCCCAUCACAAAUAACUAUCCCUGGGUUACCAUGGUGACGCAGCUGCCACAGAAUAGGCGGGGCCCCGGAUGGCUGGGCUACAAUGACAUCAUCCCUAAUAUGCCGCUGUCUCUGUUUACCUUUUUAAUGCCCACCCUCGCUGGCGGACAGACAAUUCCAGCGAGGUACAUCGACUACUUCUCUCUCCCUGACCUCACACACACCCCCAUCGGCCGGUUGCCACGGAGACUGCGAGUGGUCAUCCAGAGCGAGCGACGUGACGUGUCUCUGGUGAACCAGCUGCUGGAGAGACUGGUCGAGAUCGAGUUGGUCCGCUCCGAGGGCAACAUUCAGACCAACAAGAAGAGAGAGCAGGUAUUUGUUCAUCUGGAGAGGUCCAAGACCAUUCUGGACACGACGGUCUGCGUUCCACGUCGUUCGUUCUUCUUGGAGGAGGCACGCUCCCUCUUCAAACACGUCGUUUGUACUCUGACCUCCCUGACAGCGUGUGAGCGCUUCUGGUACCAGCUCCAGACAAUAUGUCUGAGGACAACUAUUAUACUGGUGGAGAGGACUCGGCCAAGUAAGAAGAGGAAGAAGGCCUCGCAGGCCACACCCACCCCAUCCAGCACUAACGAUCCCCACUCCCUCACCUACACACUGCGCAAUACUCGCAUCACCACCAAAAUUGCGAGGGAGUACAAUGAACAGGCUGCCAGGAAGCUGAAGAAGGUAAAGAACGCCAAUUCGCGGUACAGUGUCCUCGCCAAGUCCGCAGUUCUAGUGAUGGACGGUGCGACAAAGAAGGAUCGAGAGAUGGUGACAGUCAAGACUCACAGAGAGAGGGUCAGAUGGCUGCCUCAUGAAGAUUCUUUUCUACUCUUGGCCUAUCUUGCAUCCCACGCCCUUCGCCAGGUGACUGGGGGAGCAACCGUCAGCUACCAGCAGAUCAGAGACUCUCUCCAUGCCGAGUACCCCACGUCACGUGACAAGUCGAUGGAUGCGGUUUUGAGGAGAGUGAGCAAGUUGCGGAAGAGAAGGAAGGCCCUGUCUGCCACUGUCAACGUUUGCCUGGCUGAGAUACUCAGUGAAAUUCAAGGUCUGGGUUCUGCCUCGGCCCGGAGCCGACCUUCCCGUCUCUCCUCUCCUUCGUCACUCAGAGAUACAGCUCUCACGGAGGCAGAAACGGACGCUGUUGAAGAGACUGAAGACGAUGACCACACCCUAAACCACGCCCUCUUGACCGACCUCAUUAUUGCGUGUCUUGGUGCCGAGGAGUCUAACUAUGAUCAUUACUCUGCUUUCAAGAUUUUCGAAACUUUUCCAGAGGAGGACGUGCAGAUUGCCUUUGACCAGCUAAAGAGUCGGUACCUCAUCAGAAGACGAAGACAAACAGUAGGCGGAGGUCCUCUACAAUGCCAGUCAUUUCAACUGGCCACAAAUUUCAACAGCAAAUUGGAAGGCAGUUAUUUCAUUGGAACCGGGAAGGCAGCUGCAGAGUUUGCCGGGAAUUUGGCGGGAAAGAGGUCAAAGGUCGCGGAAGACCUGAAGAAGCGGCCAUCUGACGAAUUAGCUGGUGGUGCUCUGGAAUUGGGUAUGGAGGUGGAGAGUGGGACAGUGAGCGGCGGAAUCAUCUUGUCUCUUGUUUCAACACUUUUUGCAGAAGAUGUAGGAAAAAUGGUCUGUGAGCCAGUGCUGCCUGAACGCCUCUUUGAGACCGAUGAUGAACAGGACGCGGAGAAGAGAACCGCUCAACAGAAACAGCUCUUUGAAGGAGCGUUGGAUGAGGGGAGGGAGGGAGGCGAGGGAGAAGGGAGGGAAGAAGAGGAUGAGAACGGAGGGAGAAGAGAGGUUCAGAAACAAGGGGAAGGAGAGGAAACGGAAAAGGGAGAAGAAGAAAUAGCUGGGAAAGACGGGAAAGAUGGACAGGGAGAGGAAAGGAGAGAUGGAGACACGAAUCCAGCGGAGGGAGUGGAAGGAGAAGAAGAGGAUGAGGAUGAGGGAGAGAAAUGUACUCCAAGAGACGCUCGAUACUCCGGGACUGGAGUGAGCUCUCUGCUUCGCGUGGGAGAUAACUCCACCCAGAAUCACGGCACUCUGACCCUUGACCUCAACUUCCCCUGGUCCUCUUUGCUGGACCCCCUCCCUGAUGAGGUGACUCCGCCCUCUCUCGCCACGUGGGCAGAGGAGACCCCGCCCGAUUCAGACACGCCCCUCUCCCUCGAUGCCUACCUCAGUCUGUGUAGGGAGCACCUCAAUAUGUCGGAUGGAGAGGCAUGUUUCAAUGGCCAGGUGUACAAGUGUGUGGAGAAGGGAGGGGAGAGAGGGAGGAGAGAGGAAGAGCUGCAGUCCCUUCUUCCCCCCCUGCCUCCCUCGUCCGGUCUCUCUCUCACUGACCACAUCCAGUGUCUCCUCAACUUUGAAACGGUGGUCAAAGUUGGUUCUCGUUUGGUAGCAGCUGUCCACGCCAAGAGAUGGUGUAUGCCAGUCUCCAGUCCCCAUUCCACGUCGCCCGCAGACCUGGUUCCAUACCGGCCCUGGGUGACCGUAAACUCCACCCACCCUAACGAGACGAUGAUGAGGCGAUAUCGUGAGGGAGUGCUCACGUUUAUCAGGUCCACCCCGGGAGCUUCGCUGGUGAGGGGAGAGAAAUGGGCGGAGCUUUUAUUGGGUUUAAGUGUGUGCAUGGAGUUUGUCUAA